AUGAAAGGCUUUAGAGUAUAUCAUGUGCCAGAAAGGAGUAUAUACGUGACAUCAGAAUUCACAAGUGGAACCUGUGAAGCAAGCACAGUGGCCUCGUUUAUAAAAUAUCUCUUAGAGAAAUUAGAGAGCUUAAUUUACAAGCUUAAUUGUGAAAUCAAGCAAUGGAACACCCAGUGUCAUACUGCUACAGACACAUUGAAAAAAAUAACACAUAAAUUUACCUUUCAGUUCAUAGUGUUUCCUCUUAUACUAGAUUCAGCAGAUUUUUGUCAAAAUUCUCAUUGUCAACAUUCCACAAGCAGCAUCAGAAAGGCAUAUGACAAAAUCAAGCAGUUCUUUGAAGUCCUAAACACAGAUCCCUUUCCUGGUGAUCUUUUAAGUUAUAUUCCUGGUACUCUGUCUGGUGUUAAAGUAGAUCAUUGCAAACCAGGGUUUGGGAAAAACACAAGUACCAUGAACAACAAUACAAUAUGUCCAGGAUGCUGUGUGACAUGUCCACCAGGUAGAUUCAGUGCAAAAUAUGGAACAACCUGUAUUUUGUGUCCUGCUGGAUCCUAUAAUGGAAAAUAUGGCCAGGUGGCUUGUGAAAAUUGUCCAAAAAACCAAAGCAGUGAUAGAAAAGGUGCAGUCACAGAAAAAAAAUGUCACAGUAAGUUACUGAAUACAAUGUGUAUGGAUUCAACUUUCUCUUAUUGGUGA